GUUAUCACAAUAUCAUCUUAAUCAAAAAAUGAAGGGAAGCUCAUAAAAGAAUAAAAUCUUAGAGCAAAUUCAGAAAUAAAGACGUUCUUAGUCAAGACAGAAUGAUUCUAAAAUAAAUUCCUUGCAUUUCUAAGGUAUUCAGAUUCAAGAGUUUAACAAGGAGAUUGAUGAGUAUUUAAAAACAUUUCCAAACAUAUAAUAAUUGGGAUUUUAGAGAUGCAAAAUACAAUCCUUAAAUAAUCUCUCUGAGUAUAAAAAUAUUAAUUCAUUGAAUUUGGAAGAAAAUGCUUUAGAAGAUGGAUGCGUAAAAUUGAUAGUUUAGAAAUUUCCAUCUUUGACAUUUUUGAAUUUGAAGAAGAAUUAAAUCAAAGAAUUCAAUGAAAUUGAGCAAUUAAAAUAACUUGACCAAUUAACACACUUAUUUCUAGAUAAAAAUCCAGUUUGUGAUGUAGAAAACUUUACAUCUAAAGUCUGGGAUUUAUUGCCAAAAUUAAAGGCAUUGGAUGGAAAGGACAAGAAAGGUAAGGUUGUUAAAGAAAAGACUGAAAUUUAUGAAGACGAUGAGGAGGAAGAAGAUGAAGAAGAAGAAGAAGUAGAUGACGAGGAUGACGACAGUUUCUCUAUAUCUGAUGACGAAGAAGAUGAGGAAUAUAGUGAGGAAGAAGAGAGUGAAUCAGAAAGCAACAAGAAGAAAAAGAAGGUUAAAAAAUGAUACAAUAAAGCAUUUAAUCAAAAACAUCAAUAUCAACUAAUACAAACCAAUUUCUUAGAAA